CGCAUAACAGAGAUGGUGAGUGAGGAACCACUUACCGUCAAAGUCGAUCAUCUUAAGGAUAACCCAUUUGACAUGGACGAUGAUGUCAUCAAGGCAACAUCCUUUGAAGUUAUUUCAACGCUUAGGGAUGUACUUAAGACAAGUUCACUAUGGAGAGAUCACGUUCAGACAUAUACCCAGCAUAUAGGUGAUUUCACGUAUCCACGAUUAGCCGAUUUUGGAGCUGCGAUAUGUGGUGCAAAUAGGCACCAAGCUCAAGAAGUUCUUGAAGAACUGGAUGUUCACAAACGUCUGCGGUUGACGCUGGAAUUGAUGAAAAAAGAAAUGGAAAUUAGCAAGAUUCAGGAAACCAUAGCAAAAGCAAUUGAAGAAAAAAUUAGCGGUGAGCAACGCCGGUACUUACUAAAUGAGCAGCUCAAGGCUAUAAAGAAGCUUGGGAAAGGCCAUGCUGGUGACCCAGCCAGUGCUUUGUUGGAGCUUCUGGAUCCAGAGCAAAAUGCAAAUUUUUUGGACCACUAUCUCGACGUUACUAUUGACCUAUCAAAGGUUUUAUUUGUGUGCACAGCAAAUGUGAUAGACAUGAUUCCAAAUCCUCUGCUAGACAGAAUGGAGGUGAUUUCUAUUGCUGGGUAUAUUACUGAUGAGAAAGUUCAUAUCGCAAGAGACUAUUUGGAAAAAACUGCACGUGGAGAUUGUGGCGUCAAACCUGAACAGGUUGAGGUGAGUGAUGCAGCUCUUCUUUCCUUGAUAGAAAAUUACUGCAGAGAAGCAGGUGUCAGGAAUCUCCAGAAACAGAUCGAGAAGAUUUACCGUAAGAUUGCUCUUAAAUUAGUGCGUGCAGGAGCGGUCGCUGAAGAGCCUGCAGUUGCAAUUGAUCCCGAAGAAGCUGAAAUUGUGGCCGAAGUCGGCGUAGAAUCCCCAGAGAACCAUACUGACAAAGAAAUCCCUGUGUCCUCUGAUUCUUCAUUGGAAGAAUCAAAUGAAGAGGCUCAAUCCGAGAAGAUGGCGAUUGAAAAGGUAAUGAUUGAUGAAUCAAACCUUGCUGAUUAUGUAGGAAAACCGGUAUUCCAUGCAGAGAAGCUAUAUGAGCAGACACCGGUAGGUGUUGUGAUGGGUCUAGCUUGGACAUCAAUGGGUGGUUCAACAUUGUACAUAGAGACAACUGUUGUGGAGGACGGGGAAGGUAAAGGUGGCCUGAAUAUAACGGGUCAGCUCGGUGAUGUGAUGAAAGAAAGCGCACAAAUUGCUCACACAGUCGCUAGAAAGAUAAUGCUAGAGAAAGAACCAGAGAAUCAGUUCUUUGCAAACUCCAAGCUUCAUCUCCAUGUCCCUGCAGGAGCCACCCCCAAGGACGGUCCAAGUGCAGGCUGCACCAUGAUCACAUCUUUAUUAUCACUUGCCACGAAGAAACCAGUUAGAAAGGAUCUUGCAAUGACCGGAGAAGUUACACUAACUGGAAGAAUUCUUCCUAUUGGUGGGGUGAAGGAGAAAACUAUAGCGGCUAGGCGAAGUGAGAUUAAAACAAUAAUAUUUCCGGAGGCAAACCGAAGAGACUUUGAUGAGCUGGCGGAGAAUGUGAAAGAAGGGCUUGAAGUUCACUUUGUGGAUGAUUAUGGAAAGAUCUUUGAGCUCGCCUUUGGCUAUGACAAACAAGAAGACUGAAACAACAACAGACGAGUCAAAUUCACCCUCGUCAUCAUUUGUUGUCUCCCAUCUAAACAACAAGACCAUUCUUAUUCAUUCACUUUUCUUUUUCAUUCAAGAAGAAAGUUAUUUGUGUAACACUUAAGUCUAUCAACUGUUGGUAUCUUGGCGGAAGCAAGAUUUACUCAUACUUAAUAACAGACUAUUACAUUAGAACGAAAGAAGGAGAAUUAUCCUAUUAUUUGCAUUUUUUUUUCAUUCAAUAAAAGUGGAAACAUAAAAGAA